UGUAGCGGCAGACGUGUUUCACUUCGCUCUCAACUAAUUCGUUUUACGUUCGUGUGGACUCGCAUUUCUCUAUUUCCAAAAUGCAAAUCUUCGUAAAAACGCUUACUGGAAAGACGAUUACCCUCGAGGUUGAGGCUUCCGACACUAUUGAGAAUGUCAAGGCCAAGAUUCAAGACAAGGAGGGCAUUCCUCCCGAUCAGCAACGUCUGAUCUUUGCAGGAAAGCAGCUUGAGGACGGUCGCACUCUGUCAGAUUAUAACAUCCAAAAGGAGUCGACUCUUCAUCUUGUGCUAAGACUUCGCGGUGGAAUGCAAAUUUUCGUCAAGACGCUUACCGGCAAGACUAUCACACUCGAAGUCGAAGCCUCUGACACAAUCGAAAAUGUCAAGGCUAAGAUCCAAGACAAGGAAGGAAUUCCUCCAGAUCAGCAGCGACUCAUUUUUGCAGGAAAGCAGCUCGAAGACGGACGCACAUUAUCCGACUACAAUAUCCAGAAAGAAUCCACGCUUCAUUUGGUCCUUCGACUCCGUGGUGGAAUGCAGAUUUUUGUAAAAACUCUCACUGGCAAAACUAUCACGCUUGAAGUCGAAGCUUCUGACACAAUCGAAAAUGUCAAGGCUAAGAUUCAGGAUAAGGAAGGAAUUCCUCCAGAUCAGCAGCGAUUGAUCUUUGCUGGAAAACAACUCGAAGACGGCCGCACACUAUCAGACUACAAUAUCCAGAAAGAGUCCACACUCCAUCUUGUACUCCGACUUCGUGGUGGCAUGCAAAUCUUUGUCAAGACCCUUACCGGGAAGACCAUCACCCUUGAAGUCGAAGCUUCGGACACCAUCGAGAAUGUGAAGGCCAAGAUCCAAGACAAGGAAGGAAUUCCUCCAGAUCAGCAGCGAUUGAUCUUUGCUGGAAAACAACUCGAAGACGGCCGCACACUAUCAGACUACAAUAUCCAGAAGGAAUCCACUCUCCAUCUUGUACUCCGACUUCGUGGUGGCAUGCAAAUCUUCGUCAAGACCCUUACUGGAAAGACCAUCACCCUUGAAGUCGAAGCUUCGGACACCAUCGAGAACGUCAAAGCCAAGAUUCAGGACAAGGAGGGAAUUCCUCCAGAUCAGCAGCGAUUGAUCUUUGCUGGAAAGCAGCUUGAGGAUGGUCGCACACUUUCUGAUUACAACAUCCAAAAAGAGUCUACCCUCCACUUGGUCUUGCGACUUCGUGGUGAUCAGCAGCGAUUGAUCUUUGCUGGAAAACAACUCGAGGAUGGUCGUACCCUCUCUGACUACAACAUCCAGAAGGAACCAACAGCGACUGAUUUUUGCUGGAAAACAACUUGAAGACGGCCGAACCCUGUCUGACUACAACAUCCAAAAAGAAUCCACCCUCCACUUGGUGCUCCGACUUCGCGGUGGAAUGCAAAUCUUCGUCAAAACGUUGACAGGGAAGACGAUAACUCUGGAAGUCGAGGCCUCAGAUACCAUUGAAAAUGUGAAGGCGAAGAUCCAAGACAAGGAGGGAAUCCCCCCAGAUCAGCAGCGAUUGAUCUUUGCCGGCAAGCAGCUCGAGGAUGGUCGUACACUAUCCGAUUACAAUAUUCAGAAGGAGUCGACCCUCCACUUAGUCCUUCGUCUUAGAGGAGGAAACUAAUUUUUCACUGACACUAAUGUUAUUUGAGUCUUGUGCAUGAAACUGGUCUCUUAUGAACUCACUGUAAGUGCUGUGAAUAAAUGUAAACAAAGUUGGUGUAUUGUAAACAGAAUAUAUUAUAAGGCAUGGAUUCGGAGAAGUAUUUGCAUAACGGCUGGGUAUUUGAUUUUUUAUUAAAAAGAACUGUU